AUGCAUGCAGGUGACAACCCCUUUGAGAACAUCAUUCGCUUCUUUCCAAAUGUGAAGCAGCUCCUCGAUGGUGUUCUCGCCAGAGGUGGUCGGAUCUUAGUUCAUGGCAAUGCUGGCAUGUCUCGGUCUGCCGCACUUGUUGUUGCGUAUGUGAUGGAAAAGUUCAAUCUUCCAUCAGACCAAGCCCACACCUAUGUGCUGACCCGACGGCAUUGUAUCUCCAUCAACGAGGGCUUUCGAAAUCAGAUCCGGGAGUACGAGAUGCUGCACAGAGUGCAGCUGCAAAUCAACAGUGGUUUGCUACCAGCCCUGGGGCAAUCAGCUGGCCCUCAGGGGCAAAAGAGGGGCCUGGAGAUGAUGGACACCUCUGAGUGUACAAAUGAGAAUCCCAUGCAGUAAGCUGUUCCACCUUGAUGUUUUC